GAUUUGGAGCCAACGAAGGCGGAGCUUACAUCUCGGUCUUUGCUGACUCGGUUCAAUGGGACGGCAACACGACAACUCCCACGCCAAACCCGAACCCUUCAGGCCCUGAGGUGAACCCUGGUGUCGGUCAAUACGUGAGCGAGGGUUGCUACACCGAGCCCGCCGACACGCGUGCCCUACCUAACCUAGUCGCGACAACCGAGAAGACUGUCACUCUGUGUAUCGAGGCUUGUGCCGCUAGCAAGUAUACCUACGUCGGCUUGGAGUACGGAGGAGAGGUUAGUGAUCAAUCUUUGACAUGAAUGACUUUGAGAACACUUUCACUAACAACAAGACAGUGUUGGUGCGGAAACACUCUGGCCGCUGCCUCGGUCCCCGCUGCUGCCACCGAGUGCAGCAUGGCAUGCGCAGACAACAGCACGGAGUACUGCGGUGGACCUUCUAGGCUCAACCUGUACAAGCUCGACGGCACCUUGCCUGAACCCACGAACGCAGUCCCGACUGGCGCCACCACGACUACAUCAGCCGCCCCGACUUCGACCGCUCCUCCGGCCAACGAAAGAGUCGGCGACUGGCUCUUCCAAGGUUGCUAUACUGAGGGAACUGGCGUCCGUGCGCUCUCUUCUCGGACGUACGCCAACGAUUCAAUGACUCUUGAGUCCUGCGGUGGUUUCUGUGAGGGCCUCAAGUACUUUGGUACAGAGUACGGACGGGAGUGCUGGUGCGGUGAUGAAUUCGGCACUGGCAGUGCUCUUGCAGCGAACCAGAAGGAUUGCUCUUUCCCCUGCGCCGGUGACAGCACACAAUUCUGCGGUGCCGGUGACCGACUCCAAGUUUACAUGUACUCGCCGGUGGCCGCGACUACAUCGACUGAGGCUACAACCACCGCCGCGUUUGCUUCCUUGGCAGCUCCGCCCAACGGGACUGCGACCACCACCGCGACAGAAACUCCUCUGGCAGAGAAGCAAGCAUCUAACAGCACCAUCAGCACAACCGCUUCCUUCACUCCGUCAAACUUUACCAUCUCCAGUGCUAGAGUGACGGCCGAGGCUGUAGCACCCACUCUUUCAGCAAGCAACUCGUCCCUUCCGGCGACUGCUGAGGCUUCAACCACCUCAUCCACUCUUUCAGCCACCAGCUUCCCGGCUACAUCAGCUCUGAACACAACCUCCACGCCUGCUUUGGAGCAGGUCACCACCUCAUCCGUCAUAUCGGCCACUUCAUCGGCCUCAGCAAUUGUGCUCUCCAACACCACAGCACCGGCUACUUCAUCGGUCUCAACCACCUCCUCAGUUCUUUCCACUUCCACAUCGUCAACCAAGACGUCAACCUCGUCUUCCGCCACCCCCACCCCAACUGGCCCAGUUAUCUCCACUGGCAACGAAAACUUUACCUACUACGGCUGCUUUUCCGAACCGGAAGUCGGCCGUCUCCUCCCCACACAGAUCAUCAACCACGACAACAUGACCAUUAGCAUGUGUCUGAGCGCCUGCUACGACAACAACUACGCCGGCGUCGAAUACGGUCGCGAGUGCUGGUGUGGCGACGCCCUCAACAUUGGUGGCGGAGGUGACACAGCGCCCGCUGCCAACGUGACGGCCAAGGAUUGCUCGUUCACGUGCCCCGGCAACAGCACCGAGUACUGCGGUGCCGGUGUGAGGUUGAGCUUGUACAUCCUCAAGGAUGAGCUCGAAAAGUUGCAAAAGUCCAACGCGACGGUCUCUUUCAAGUCGACAUAAAUCAUGAUUGAGCGAGGGAUAAUGUCUAUGCUUAUGUAAUUACUUAUAGAGGACUACGGUCUCCGUGCUGCACGGCAAACGAAUGCAGCCUUUUCCUAAAAUAUAAUAUUGAUACCUACUGCCUGAUAGUCUUACUUCAGAGCGCCCUGUGUCCAUUUCAAGCGCUCUUGACUGCGACACUACCAGUACUUAACAGGACGAACUCCCUUUGUAAUCUCAGCUCAGUGAAAAGCAUCUCAAGGUCGACGUAUUACGCGGCGAAGGUAACCUGGAUGGCCACCCAAUCAAGAUGUAGUCAUAAGUUCUCACACCAAGGAGGCUCCCUUCAUACUACCUUUAGAGAGUUGUUACUCCCGAAUUC